CACAGUUACAUGCAGGUGUUUAUAAACAGUGCACACUCAGGCGAGCCGGGAGUUUCCCGUGACGUCACACCACGUGCAGAGUCAGGAGCGGGGUCAACCAAUCAGGGAACAGGGGAUUCCCUGACCUUCCAGGCGGAUGCUAUCAGCGCUCACGUCCGUCAAGUUGUACAGGAGAGAGUAUGGAGAGGGGAGUUUGUGGAGUUGACUUCAUUGUUGCCAGGCGCACAGUCGCAUGACGAUGACGAUGCAUUUAAGAUGCAGAUGGAUUCGUCGGGUAAUCUGCGAUUCUCGCCGGCCAAGCCGGCUAACGCCAGGGCAUUAAGCAUAGGCCAAUGGACGUCAGCUUUCCACAUAUAUAUGAGCAUUUACGUGGUGAAACAUUUUUGUCAGUCCACCUUACAGGGCAUGUUGGCAUACAUGGAAACAAUCCGUAAUGCCGCAGUCCGCUCCGGGGGUUUUGGCUGGUCAAACUACGACCAGCAAUUCCGACACCGUAUGGCCCGAGACCCAAUUCGGGAGUGGGGCAAGAUAGACGGUGAAUUGUGGUUGAAGCACAUGACACCGACUAUGUCCCGUGUUCAAGAAAAUAAGACUGAACGCUUUACAGUGCCUUUCAGCAGGGGCCGUGACUUUACAGUCAACGCAUGCUGGGACUACAACAGGUCAAGGUGCGCCAGGCCAGAAUGCAAGUUUAUUCAUAAAUGCUCCAAUUGUGGCGAACAACAUCCCGCCUAUUCUUGCUUUCGCGCAAAGGGGGGUCGGAGACACAGGCAACCCAUGCUAAAGGCACUGGCCCCAACUCCACUCAUACUCACUAGAUUAAAGCGACAUUUGCAACUGUACAAGCAUUCUAACCAUGCCCAUGCCAUUUAUUUAUUAAAAAGGUUUGGAAUCAGGUUUUCAACUGGAAUAUAGUGGGGCACGCCUAAGUCGUUGGUCUGAGAAUCUACGCUCAGCCAGGGAUCCCAUUUUACAAGAGAUAGUAGCUGCCAAAUUGAAAAAGGAAGUAAAAUUAGGUAGGGUGGCAGGUCCUUUUGAAACGCCGCCCCUGCUGAACCUACAAGUUUCACCCAUCGGUCUCGUACCCAAAAAGCAAACGGGUAAGAGUCAAACCUUGCUGGGGACAGACGAUUUUCGUUUAAUACACCACCUUUCUUAUCCUCAAGGCAGAUCAAUCAACGACAACAUAGACAGCGAAGCAUGCUCCGUGUCAUAUGCACGGUUAGACGAGGCUGUCAGUAUGGUACAGCAACUUGGUCCAAAUGCUCUACUUGCAAAAUUUGAUGUGAAAUCGGCUUUCAGGAUUAUGCCGGUACACCCUCAGGAAUUUGAGUUGCUAGGCUUGUGCUUUCAAGGUAAAUACUACUUUGAUAAAUGCUUGCCGUUUGGCUGUUCAAUAUCAUGCUCAGUGUUUGAAAAAUUCAGCACCUUUUUGCAAUGGUGUGUCCAGCAAAAGUUGCCUAACGGCCAACUCAUGCAUUACCUUGAUGAUUUUCUCACAGGCGGAACUGCAGGAACGAAAGACUGUGGUGACAACCUUGAUACAUGUCUCAGUACUUUCCAGGAGUUGGGCGUACCCGUAGCACAUGAGAAGACAGUAGGUCCUGUAUCCUGCUUAACAUUCCUAGGUCUUGAAAUCGACACAGUCAGGAUGCAGGUUAGAAUACCACAGGAAAAGAUUGUAAAUAUCAACGCAAUCAUACACGAUAUGCUGGCCUCAGGUAAGCACAAAGUGACCCGUAAAGCUUUGCAGUCUCUGGUGGGUAAGCUAAAUUUCAUGUGCCAGGCAAUACCCAUGGGUAGACCGUUUUGCCGCAGACUGAUUGAUGCCUAUACAAAGGUAAGUCAUCAAGCACACCGUGUUCGCAUCACGCGGGGAGUUCGGGAGGACCUAGAGGUUUGGCUCGGGUUCUUGGGGGAAUUUAACGGUGUGUCGGUUUUUCAGAAUAAAAAGUGGGCUGACAAUACAUGUCUGCAGCUGUUUACUGACGCAGCCAGCACUGUGGGGUUCGGCGCAUACUAUAACGGGAACUGGGCAAACGGGCUCUGGCCCCGUGAGUGGGUGGAGGACGGCUCGACUCGUGACAUGACACUGCUGGAGUUGUUUCCGAUUGUGCUGUCAGUUUGUCUGUGGGGGACAGCCUUUGCUAACAGGAAAGUACUUUUCUUUUGUGAUAACCAAGCUGUAGUGUCAAUAAUAAAUAAACAGUCAUCAAAGGUACCCAGAAUCAUGUCACUGAUUAGGCAGCUAGUGCUGCAGUGCCUCAAACACAACAUUUUGUUCAAGGCCAGAUAUAUAACAACACACGACAAUAUUAUCGCAGAUGCACUGUCGAGAUUUCAGUGGGAACGAUUCCGCAAUGCAGCUCCAUCAGCCAAUCUGCAUCCCACACCACUUCCAGACAAUCUCUGGCAGGGCUAACAAUCGAGGCAGAGAGGCUCCUUCAGCGAUCAUUGGCGGCAAACACGUGGGCAACUUACCCGGCAGGAACCCAAGCGUUGCAAGCAUUCAGGGCAUCACAAAACCUGGGAGAUGUCUGGCCGGUUCCAAUAACUCAUCUGGUACAUUUCAUUGCUCACCUGUCAGUGUCAGGACAUGCACCGAGUACGGUAAGAACGUAUAUGGCCGGUAUCUCAACGUACCAUAGGCUACACAGCAUGUAAAACCGCACCGGCCACUUUGUUAUUACUAAAAUGAUUACGGGGAUGCAAAAGUGUCAGGGGAGGCAGGAUCACAGAAAACCAAUAACAAUAGACCUGCUCAAAGUAAUUGUAAACAACCUGCAAUUUGUCUGCUCUUCUACCUAUGAAGUAAGAUUGUUCAAAGCAGUAUAUUGCUUGGCCUUCUUUGGUUUCUUUCGGGUGAGUGAACUCGUGCAAACCAAACUUUCUCAGCCAGGGUGCGCUUUCUUGGACCUAGAAGUCCAAGACACGACUAAGACAGUAACAGUCGCUCUAAGGCAUUCAAAAACGGACAGGCACUCACAUGGCAUAGUUGUUUCCAUUUCCGCCAUACCUGGCCACAAUCUGUGUCCAGUGGCUGCAGUUAAAGCAUACCUAACAGUUCGAUCACAGGGUCAGACUCAAGCUUUCGUACACUUUGAUAAAUCUCCCCUGACCAGGUAUCAAUUUCAGGCCGUGCUAAAAAGAGCACUGGCGCAUAGCGGCAUCUGCACAGCAGCAUACUCUUCGCAUUCCUUCAGGAUUGGCGCAGCAACGACAGCAGCCGGUAACGGAGUGAGUUCAGAUUUGAUACAGCACUUUGGUAGGUGGGGGUCAGAAUGUUAUAAAAGCUAUAUACUCAUACCUGCAAACAUUUAAAUCGCCAACCAUGCAAGAACAGUUUUUUUCCUAUUGAUUCAUGUUUUCAGUAUGGUUGAUUGGGUCCAGCUUCCUGACCCGGGCGAGAGAGCACCUACAGGACAGUGACUUCGGUAUUCCAGGGGGAUGUCUCUGGUUGGCAAGGGGCGGCAUGAGGUGGGAGGAGCUGACCGAGCUGAUAGAUGCCCAGGUCAAAGCAAUGCAGACACCACCAAAGGCGGUGGUGAUUCACCUUGGUUCGAACGACCUGGGUAAGGGAACCACGUGCCAGCUAUAUCAUGAGAUCAAGCUGGCACUCCUGAGGAUACACCUCCUCCUACCUGGUGCUGUCAUUCUGUGGUCAGACAUGCUGCCACGGAGAUACUGGCAUGUAGCCAGCCGUGCCCGGGACCUGGACGGGGCCAGGCAGAAGCUGAACAGACGAGUGGGGAACAGGGCCCGUGAGCUUGGGGGGAUACGGGUUCCCCACACAGUGUUCAACCGGCAGGAGCAGCAACUGUACCUGCGUGACGGGGUUCAUUUGUCACCGGCCGGACUUGAUCUUUUCACACAAAACAUUGGCAGCUCCCUUUCCGCAGUAUGCUUGUAGGAAACAAUUUCAGUAUAGGAUAACACGGUGGGUGUACAUGAGCGCGAAUGGUCGUGGUUGUGGGGAAGCACCUUGGUGCUUGUGGCGGGGUGCUGGUGGACUGCAUUACAAGUUACAUUUGGCGUCUUGGGAUACAUCCCAAAUUAUAAAUUAUUUAGGAUAGGGUUACCCGCUUUACAGCAGGAACCAAUUUAUCCAUUCUGCUUUACAGCAGAUGGCUUAGUGUCCGCUUUACAGCGGAUGGUCAGCUUGGCAACAAUAGUUGCCCUCGCUCAUGGUUUGGCAAUGGUACUUGCCUGGCAGCGAUAGCUGCAUAGCAACAUGGGUUGCUUGGCAACGGUAGUUGCAGGGCAGCGGGCGCUGCAUUGGUAAGCAGCAUGGGUUGCUUGGCAACGGUAGUUGCAGGGCAGCAGGCGCUGCAUUGGUAAGCAACAUGGGUUGCUUGGCAACGGUAGUUGCGGGGCAGCAGAUGCUGCAUCGGUAGGCAACAUGGGUUGCUUGGCAGUGGUUGCUGCAGUUGGGGUUGCUUAACAGGGGUUAAGCUCAUUGCCGUAGUCCACCAGUACCUACACAUCCGCGACCAUUUCAUCCAAAAAUAUCUCUUGUCUUAAUUUGAAGCUCCGCUAUCAUGCAUGAUGGCGGAGCCUGUCAUAAUGGAGCCAUGUCCUUAUAUAAACAGUGUUCAUGGUGGUGAAUGCACACAGUUACAUGCAGGUGUUUAUAACCAGUGUUCAUGGUGGUGUAUAUACACAGUUACAUGCAGGUGUUUAUAAACAAUGUUCAUACAUGUAUAUACACAGUUACAUGCAGGUGUUGAUAAACAGUGUUCAUGGUGGUGUAUAUACACAAUUACAUGCAGGUGUUUAUAAGCAGUGUUCAUGGUGGUGUAUAUACACAAUUACAUGCAGGUGUUUAUUAACAGUGUUCAUGGUGGUGAAUAUACACAAUUACAUGCAAGUGUUUAUAAACAGUGUUCAUGUUGGUGUAUAUACACAGUUACAUGCAGUUGUUUAUAAGCAGUGUUCAUGGUGGUGUAUAUACACAAUUACAUGCAGGUGUUUAUAAACAGUGUUCAUGGUGGUGUAUAUACACAAUUACAUGUAGUUGUUUAUAAGUAGCGUGCAUACAUGUAUACACACAAUUACAUGCAGGUGUUUAUAAACAGUGUUCAUACAUCUAUAUACACAAUUACAUGCAGGUGUUUAUAAACAGUGUUCAUGGUGGUGUAUAUACACAAUUACAUGCAGGUGUUUAUAAACAGUGUUCAUGGUGGUGUAUAUACACAGUUACAUGCAGGUGUUAUAAACUGUGUUCAUGGUGGUGUAUAUACACAAUUACAUGCAGGUGUUUAUAAACUGUGUCCAUGGUGGUGUAUAUACACAAUUACAUGCAGGUGUUUAUAAACAGUGUUCAUGGUGGUGUAUAUACACAAUUACAUGCAGGUGUUUAUAAACAGUGUUCAUGGUGGUGUGUAUACACAAUUACAUGCAGGUCUUUAUAAACAGUGUUCAUGUUGGUGUAUAUACACAAUUACAUGCAGGUGUUUAUAAACAGUGUUCAUGGUGGUGUAUGUACACAAUUACAUGCAGGUGUUUAUAAACAGUGUUCCUACAUGUAUAUGCACAAUUACAUGCAGGUGUUUAUAAACAGUGUUCAUGGUGGUUUAUAUACACAUUUACAUGCAGGUGUUUACAAACAGUGUUCAUGGUGGUUUAUAUACACAUUUACAUGCAGGUGUUUACAAACAGUGUUCAUGGUGGUGUACAUACACAAUUACAUGCAGGUGUUUACAAACAGUGUUCAUGAUGUAUAUACACAGUUACAUGCAGGUGUUGAUAAACAGUGUUCAUGGUGGUGUAUAUACACAAUUACAUGCAGGUGUUUAUAAGCAGUGUUCAUGGUGGUGUAUAUACACAAUUACAUGCAGGUGUUUAUAAACAGUGUGCAUACAUGUAUAUACACAAUAACAUGCAGGUGUUUACAAACAGUGUUCAUGAUGUAUAUAUACAGUUACAUGCAGGUGUUGAUAAACAGUGUUCAUGGUGGUGUAUAUACACAAUUACAUGCAGGUGUUUAUAAGCAGUGUUCAUGGUGGUGUAUAUACACAAUUACAUGCAGGUGUUUAUUAACAGUGUUCAUGGUGGUGAAUAUACACAAUUACAUGCAAGUGUUUAUAAACAGUUUUCAUGGUGGUGUAUAUACACAGUUACAUGCAGUUGUUUAUAAGCAGUGUUCAUGGUGGUGUAUAUACACAAUUACAUGCAGGUGUUUAUAAACAGUGUCCAUGGUGGUGUAUAUACACAAUUACAUGCAGUUGUUUAUAAGCAGUGUGCAUACAUGUAUACACACAAUUACAUGCAGGUGUUUAUAAACAGUGUUCAUACAUCUAUAUACACAAUUACAUGCAGGUGUUUAUAAACAGUGUUCUUUGUGGUGCACAUACACAAUUACAUGCAGCUGUUUAUAAACAGUGUUCAUGGUGGUGUAUAUACACGAUUACAUGCAUGUGUUUAUUAACAGUGUUCAUGGUGGUGUAUAUACACAAUUACAUGCAGGUGUUUAUAAACAGUGUUCAUGGUGGUGUAUAUACACAGUUACAUGCAGGUGUUAUAAACAGUGUUCAUGGUGGUGUAUAUACACAAUUACAUGCAGGUGUUUAUAAACUGUGUCCAUGGUGGUGUAUAUACACAAUUACAUGCAGGUGUUUAUAAACAGUGUUCAUGGUGGUGUAUAUACACAAUUACAUGCAGGUUUUUAUAAACAGUGUUCAUAGUGGUGUAUAUACACAAUUACAUGCAGGUGUUUAUAAACAGUGUUCAUGGUGGUGUAUAUACACACUUACAUGCAGGUGUUUAUAAACAGUGUUCAUGGUGGUGUAUAUACACAGUUACAUGCAGGUGGUCAUAAAGAGUGUUCAUACAUGUACAUCUGUAUACACAAUUACAUGCAGGUGUUUAUAAACAGUGUUCAUGGUGGUGU